AUGCAGCCUUACACUAACAACGGACCCGUCGAUACCGACGUGGACUUCGAUACGAGCCAUGUCAAGGGCAAGACUGCCGUCGUCACGGGAGGAGCCAAUGGCAUUGGUGAAGCAUAUGUCCGUGCCUUGACGAAAGCCGGAGCCUUCGUCGUGAUUGCAGACCUUGACACCGAAAAAGGCACAAGGCUCGAGAAGGAGUUUGGCGGCUCCGCCAAGUUCGUCAAGACCAACGUCACUGUCUGGGCUGAUCAACUAGCCGCAUUCAAGACGGCAAUCUCGUCGGGUCCUUCUGGAAGAGUGGACAUUGUCGUGGCCAACGCUGGCAUCAGCGGCGCAGAUUCGGUCUUUUUCAACAACGUCGACGCCGAAGAGCCCGAAGAACCAAAGUUGAACAUCAUCAACGUCAAUCUGAUCGGCGUGCUGUACACAAUCAAGCUAGCCCUCCAUUAUUUCCGUCGACAGAAUGCGCUGAACAAAGACAAACCCCUGGACCAGGUGCUCGUGUUGCAGGGCAGUCUGGCGGGAUAUCUUGACCUGGCCGGAGCAGUUCAGUACAUCGCCUCCAAGUUCGGUCUGCGCGGCAUCCUGCGAUCUCUUCGCCGGACAGAGCAUGUGCACAAUAUUCGCGUGAACUAUAUUGGACCAUGGUUCGUCGAGACCAAAAUCUUGAGCAAGCCGGUUGUUCAACACUUGACGGGCCAAGGGAUCUCAUUCGCUACCGUGGAGGAUGCCGCUCAAUGCCUGAUGAGGAUCGUAUCUGACCCCAGCGUUAACGGUCGAGCAUUCGCCAUUGUGACGCGAGACGUCGCGCCCCGUGGGUAUGUGGAUAUCAACUUCGACGACUACGAACCGGACACGUUACUGGGCAAGCUGCAAGGUACAGUGGCUGGUGGCAGCGACCAUCGCACAGCACUGAAGCCCGAGGACCAGAAAACCAAGACCCAGUGGUCAGAGUCGGCAGCCAACUGA